AACAAUAAAAACAAAACUUGAAAAUAAAAUAAUAAUUUUGAGGUGUGAGUGCCCUUAUUAAAAGGGAAUCAACACUAUAGAGAAUUUACUUUCUUGAAGUAAAGAGCCAAAUAGAAGAAAACGGAGAUCAAUAAUAGAUUCAGGUGAACUCAGUAACUUUAGCUUAAAUUAUAUAAUUAUUUGUUAUAAUAUAUAUAAAUUAUUGAUUUCAAAUCUACCAACUCAAAUGAGUGAUAAGAAAAUGGAAAAAGAAGAUGGGGUGAGGACAGUGGAGUGUCUAAGAGGAAGAUUAAUUGCAGAAAGAGCAGCUUCUAAAAGAGCAAAAGAAGAUGCAGAGUUUAUGGGAAACAAGUUACAGCUGAUUGAACUGGAGACAAAGUUGAAAGAAGAGAGCAAAUCAAGAAACAAAGCUGAGAAAAAGCUCAAAUAUUUUAUAAAAAAGCUUGAAUCAAUGAACAUAUGUUAUAUUUCAGAUGAAUCAGAGCACUCAAGUUUGUUUGAUAAAAGUGAAAUUUCAUCUGUUACGUCUACAACAACUACUAGUAACAGCAGCAAAAUAAUUUCUGAACAAAAUUCCCAAUUUAAAGACUCAAUGAUCAUUGAUUUUCAAGAUUCUCAAGAGCUCAUAUCCCAAGAAAACAAUUCUAAGGAGCUGGAAUUCUCAAAUUCAGAUGCUAAUAGCUCAAAGUCUAUAGUCCAAGAGGAAGAAAAAAGUGAAGAAGACAAUGUCAAUAGCUCUUUGGCAUUAGUUCCUAUAGAUUUGCCAAAGCCAAAAUCAAUUGAUCCAAUUGUUCUUGAUACUACUGUUAGAGAAGUUCUUGAUGCACUAAGGCAUGCUAAAGAGAAACUCCAGACACAAAUGGAGAGAGGACGCGGUACGAUUAAAGUUGGCUAACUUAGAUAUAUAACAAAUCUUGUUCGUUUUGAUCUGAAGUACCAUUAGGCGGCUAAUCAAUAUUUAUAGUCAGUGAGUUCAAACUGAACGUGGUCAUAUUAUAUAUGUAUAUAUUUCAAAUUAUUUCUUUGCACCAUUUAUAUGUUGAUAAUGUCAUACAAUGUGUAAGCAAACUGAGGUCGAUGCCAUGUGAUACUCUUGUAAUAAAGGAUAUUAUUUGGUAACGAAAGAUAUUUAUUGAA